AUGUGUCUCGCACAAGAAAUCUACUACGAGCCAUGCAAUCACAGAUACCGUCAACCACUUGAGCACUGCGGACCCAUGACAGAGCGACUCGAAAGCAACGCCAAUGCCCUUGGAUUAGAGUGCCCAAACCAUUACACCAUAAUCCUGGAAACCGUCGACUUUUGUAACCACUGCAUCAAACAAAUGAAGGUCACAGCAACCCUGGCGCUCGUCGCACUUAGGGAACUGAAUAUCGCCGGGACGGACGAGUCCGAAGGAAAGAUGAGUAGUGAGAAGGUGAAGGAGAGGGCGAAGGAGAAGGUGAAGGAGAAGGAAGGUGGGUCACACAAACAUGCUGGCCAUCUUGCUCUUCCUGUGUGGAACACAAAGAAGAGUCAGAAGAAUCGUGACAGAUCGCGCUCAAUGGGUCCAUAUGAUAAAAACAGCCGCCCAAAGACCGGUCGGAGGAAACGCCGCAGGAAUUCUCUUGCUAUCAUUGGUGGACAAGUUGAUGAUAUCCGGGCAGAAGUAUUUGUGUCAUGGAUCCCGGGCCCGUCGCCCGAUCCCGAUCCCGAUCCCGAUAUGUGUCUCAAGACCGAAGCUUAUUACAUGGAAUGCAGCCACCGCUUCCCGCAGUCCUUCAGCCACUGCACCAAGAUCGUCGAGGAGCGCACGACGAAGGGCUGGUGGCCGUUCUCGUUGAUGAACGCGGACCCGUACAAGGAGUGCGACGACCAUCGGUUGGAGAAGAAAAGCAGCGAGGGGCUGUGUCCGACUUGCGACUGGGAGAUGGAGGAGAAGCUGAAGCAGGCCGAGGAGGGAAGGGGUGGCUGA